AGUAGGGGGCUCUGUUUCCCGCAGACACCUCGAUGACACGGCGGUGUGGCAGCGUCAGCAGGCAGAGGACACACUCGGAUCAACCAGUAAUCACCAUCGUCACUCACACUGCCAUGGUCGAAAAAACCAACAACAGCGCUUCCUAUUUUUUACCGGGAGUGAAACUUUAAAAGGCUGGAAAACAGACAUGCUGCUAGACGCCAUAACCCCGAGGAUAUAGGCGACAUUAAAGAGCGGAAAGUAGCCUCCACCACACCGAAGCCACAAAGAAGGUUCUUUUUUUUUCACGCUCGGAGGGAAAGACGGCAUCCGGCCUGAGAAGAAGCUCCGAGGUCGGGGACUCCGGUCGGAGCAACGCUCAUCGUUUCUGGCCUCCCCUUCCUGAGAGCUCAAUGGAGAAAAUGAAGCGGUUCAAGCGGCGUCUCUCCCAGUCGUUACGAGGCAGCCACACCAUCGACGAGUCGCUGUCCGAGCUGGCAGAGCAGAUGACCAUCGAGGAGAACGGACUGAAAGACAGCGAGCCCAUAGUGAGGAACGGUCGUCCUCCCUCCGCCCACAGUGUGCACUCCUUCCUGCACCAGUACACGGGCUCCUUUAAAAAGCCGCCGCUGCGACGGCCUCAGAGCGUCAUCGGAGGAGGUCUGGGUUCUCUCAUGGUCAUGCCUCGCAACGGCAGCCGCCUCGAUAUCGUCCAUGAGAACCUGAAGAUGGGGUCUGACGGGGAGAGUGACCAGGCGUCGGGGACUUCCUCCGACGAGGUGCAGUCGCCCACGGGUGUGUGUCUUCGAAACAGAGGGAACAGACGCAUCUCUGCAGAGGACCUGAACAAACGUCUGUCCCUGCCGGCUGACAUCCGGAUACCCGACGGCUACCUGGAGAAGCUGCAGCUGAGCAGCCCGCCCUUCGACCAGCCGCUGAGCCGACGCUCCCGCAGAGCAUCACUGUCAGAAAUCGGAUUUGGGAAGUUGGAGACCUACAUCAAACUGGAUAAACUGGGGGAGGGCACGUACGCUACAGUCUUCAAGGGGAGGAGUAAGCUGACGGACAACCUCGUGGCGCUGAAGGAGAUCAGACUGGAGCACGAGGAGGGGGCGCCAUGCACCGCUAUCAGAGAAGUGUCAUUACUGAAGGACCUGAAACACGCCAACAUAGUGACGCUGCACGAUAUCAUCCACACAGAGAAAUCACUCACACUGGUCUUCGAGUACCUGGACAAAGACUUGAAGCAGUACAUGGACGACUGCGGGAACAUCCUGAGCAUGCACAAUGUCAAGAUUUUUCUAUACCAGAUCCUGCGAGGCCUGGCGUACUGUCACAAACGGAAAGUUCUCCACAGAGACCUGAAGCCCCAAAAUCUGCUCAUCAACGAAAGAGGAGAACUCAAACUGGCUGACUUUGGCCUGGCGAGGGCCAAAUCAGUGCCCACUAAAACAUACUCUAACGAGGUGGUGACUCUUUGGUAUCGCCCCCCCGACGUGCUGCUGGGCUCCUCUGAGUACUCCACGCAGAUCGACAUGUGGGGUGUGGGCUGUAUUUUCUACGAGAUGGCCGCCGGCAGGCCCCUGUUCCCAGGCUCCACGGUGGAGGACGAGCUGCACCUCAUCUUCAGGCUGCUAGGCACUCCCACAGAGGACAGCUGGCCCGGGAUAUCCUCGAUGGACGAGUUCAAGUCCUACAAGUUCCCCAAGUACAAAAUCCAGCCGCUCAUUAACCACGCACCCAGGUUGGACACUGAUGGCAUUGACCUGCUGAUGUCAUUCCUAAAAUAUGAGUCGAAAAAGAGGAUCUCCGCUGAUGAAGCAAUGAAACAGCCGUACUUCAGGAGCCUGGGGCCACGUGUGCUCGCACUGCCAGAGAGCAUAUCCAUAUUCACACUGAAGGAGGUCCAGUUGCAGAGAGAUCCCGGCUACCGGAACUCAUCAUACCCCGAGUCAGGCAACGGAAAGAGCAGAAGACAGAGCAUGCUGUUUUAGAUUCUCUGGACUGUAUUUUUUUAUUUGGGAAGGAUAGCUGUACAGUCUCGCCGAUGGAUCAGUAACCUGAGAUGGAUGUUGGCAUGGAGCAUCAUCUUCAUCAUCACCAUCAUCCUCAUCAUUACAAACCCCCCCCAACUUGGGAAACUCGUCCACAGUGCGACCGAUCCCCUUUCCAGGUCUGGCCUGAAUCUGGCCAAUGAGAGACAUUUAUAUACUGUACAUCUAUAUUUAUUGAGAAGAGAAUUUGCUGCUAAAUCCAACUACUGUCUAGAAUUCUAACGGGCUCAGUCACUUUAAUGAGUACAUGCAAUGUGUAUAGAUUUCAUUUCUUUUGAAGUGGUGGUAUUUUAAGUUUUUUUUGUCAUUUCCAUUUUCAUACAUAAGAAAAACUCAGCCUCGAAACUCCUCAGUGUGUGUGGGGGGGUGUGUGAGGCACACAGCGAGCAGAGGCAUGUUUCUGUAGCAACUCAAUAGGGUUUGAUUACUGUCUCUGUUGCCACGGUGCUGUUUCUCAGCUGCACCCAUCAUUUGUGACCGUUUACUCCGAGGCUGGCUUUGAUAUAACUGAUCAUUUUAUCCUAACUGGAGGUUACUAGGAGAGCAGUGCAGCCAAAAAAGAUCCCGCUCUUGUCAGAGGCUGGCAUAUCAUUCCAGGAUGCUGCGGUUUCUGUCGUGACCAAGAAACACAUGCAGGAGGGAAAAGCAAACGUAGAAAUAAUGACAAGGGCAUUACAAGAUUAGUAACGCCUCUUAGCUCUGAAUAAAACAUAAUUAUGUAACUAAAGUGAACCUCCUUCUCAUCCUUUUUCCAUCUCAAUCUGACACUUCUCCAGUCUGUUACAAGGGGAGGUGAACGUGAACCCCCAGUGUUGGACUCUGCUGGCUUUGAGCUUCGCAGAUGUGUUCUCCUCUCUGCCAUUCCCAUCUCCAUCAAAUG